ACUUUCUUCCGUUUGUUCGUACUGUUAUGCUCGGGUAGAUUUACAGAUUAUAUUACUAUUAUUUUACUUCGUCAAUUCUUAAAUUCGUAAAAUUCGGAAUGCAUUAGCAAGAAUUUCUUAUUUGUUAUUCUGGUUUAUGAAAACAAUUAUACAACAAUGACUGAACAAACUGCUGCAAAAGGAAGCUCUUCGAAUACUCAUGGACUUACAGAUCAAGAAUAUAUAGAGUAUAAAGAAGCGUUUAAUCUGUUUGACAAGGAUGAAAGUGGUACGAUUACAACAGAAGAACUAGGCAAGGUGAUGCGAUCACUAGCACAGAAUCCAACAGAUCAGGAACUUAGAGAUAUGAUUAAUGAGGUGGAUGUAGAUGGUAAUGGUGAAAUAGAUUUUUCUGAAUUUGUGGAAAUGAUGUCCAAAAGAGCCCACAAUCACCCCGAUCCAGAGGCUGAUCUUAGAGAGGCUUUUAAGGUUUUCGACAAGGAUGGUGAUGGGUUUAUAUGUGCUAAAGAACUUCGAGUAGUGAUGACAAGUUUGGGAGAAAAACUCACAGAUAAGGAAGUUGACGAUAUGCUCAAAGAGGCAGAUAUAAACGGGGAUGGAAAAAUAGAUUUUGAUGAAUUUGCUGCUAUGAUGCGCUAGAUGAAGGAAUGGAAAGAACAGAAAAAUUAUGAGAAUGUGUGUGUGUUGUUAAAAAAACAUGUGUAUAAGUUUUGUUCAGACUAA